GAGUAGUAUGUUUUUAGAGUGAAAAAGAAAACUGUUAUCAUGGGAUUGUUUUCAAGACUAAAGAAAGCGUUUAAAGUGGAGCAUGCACACGAACCCCAACCCUGUGUGCUGCUCAAAUACUCCCCCAUCAGGGCGGAAAACCAUCCUCAUCCUCCUGAUGAGACGCCUGGUGGUGCUGAUGAGAUAGGGAGAAAAGAGACAGGGAGACAAGAGAAAAACAACAAAAGGUUUUGGAGAUAUCGCCUUCUUCACUUUUUCCGCCGAAGUGCUGGAAAAUACAACCUGGCUAAGGCUGAGGAAGUGUGCCAGAAUGAGGCGGGAUCGUAUCGGAGACUUAAUGAUGGUCAGACUUCUCUACAGCACGUCCCUAUUGUAGAGAUCCAUGAUCACCAAGAACCUCCAGUCUCUGAAGUCCUCCCUGCUAUGGAGGCACUGCUGGAGCAGGACGUCCCCCAACAACAGGAUGUCAACACUCCAGCUAGUUUGACUGAAGAGGACAAAGUGGAAGAGCUGGACAAGGUGUCUGAAGUCCUCAUCAGAGCUAAGGAACAACUGGAGCAAGACAUCCUCCAACCUCAGGAUGUCAACACUCCAGUUAGUUCCCCUAAAGAUGACAGAUCGGAAGAGCUGGACAAGGAUCAGACUUCUCUGCAGGAGACUGAGGAGAUUAAUGAUCUUGGAGAAGCUCGUGGCUCUGAAGUCCUCCCCGCUGCUGAGGACUUCCAAACUCUAGAUAGUUCCACUGAAGAUGAUGAAGCGGAGGAGCCAGACAACAGCCACAUAUUCUGGCAAUACGAAUUUGGGCCCAAGCUGGGAAGAGGAGGCUACGGCUAUGUGCAUGCCGGGACUCGCUGCAAGGACGGCCUCAAGGUGGCUGUGAAAAUUGCAGAAAAGACUCCAGAUAUGCCAUAUAUCAGAGUUCCUGGCCAUCCCAGACGCCUCCCCAUGGAGAUUGGCCUGACACUCAUGGCUAAUAUGGGCCCCAGUGUUCCACACAUAAUCAAACUGCUGGACUGGCAGGACGACCCGGAUUACUAUGUCAUGGUCUUGGAGCGGCCCAUGCCUAGCAUGAACCUGUUUAGUUUUGUGAAGCUCCAACAAAGGCUCGAAGAGGGGAUAGCACGACAUUUAAUGUGGCAGGUCAUUCAUGCCGCUAACAUUUGCUGCGAGCGUGGCAUCUUCCAUAGAGACAUAAAAUCAGAAAACCUCCUUGUGAACCCGGACACGUUGGAGGUUAAGUUGAUCGACUUCGGUUGUGGCAAGCUCAUGAAGGACUCUGCCUACGUGACCUUCAAUGGUACAAAAAUGUUCUGUCCACCGGAGUUCGAUGUUGACGGCAGGUACUAUGCAAAGACAGCGACAGUUUGGUCAUUAGGGAUCCUGCUGUUCGUGAUGGUGUGCGGGUAUUAUCCAGACGACAAAGACCUGCAAAUGAUCAGCAAGAAUGAGUGGUCCAAACCCGACCUGUCACAAGAAUGCUGCCAGAUGAUUUGCGAUUGUCUGCAGCCAGAUCCCCAGCAGAGACUUGUUCUGGAGGAGAUGCAGCUCCAUGACUGGUUUCCGGUCGUGGAGUAAGACAUGGAGAGCAACAAAAAACGACUCCCUGUCAUGGCCUCUCUGUUGUUUUCUGUCUUCACUUAGGCCUUGGAGUCUUGUGUCCUGGUAGCGCCUGGCAGCUUAAAGUGGCAUUAUUUAUAUUUAUAAUUUGUGUUAGAUAUUUGUAUUUUUAUGAAGAUAUUUAUCCACUGUGUUAUAUUACCAGAGAUCUCUCUAUGGAAAGCUGUGAAAACACUAAAAAAAAAAUAAUAAUAAUAAAUAAAUGUCAACAAUUCAUUCACCACUACGCUCAUCAUGACACAAACAUUCAGUGUAGAGUGUACAGAAAUAUUCAGAAAUGUCAAAAUGACAUAAAUUAUGCUCACU